UUUUGGUUGAACCGGAUAGACGGACCAGACAAACCGACCCCACCCCACUACGGCCGCGUCCCGCUCGGUCGCCGGAGACACCAUGGCCUCGCCGCUCGCCGGCGUCGUCCGGCUCGCCGCCGCCUCCCGCGCGCUGCUCCUCGCCCUCUCCCUCCUCUCCCGCCUCCUCUUCCGCCCCUACGACACCUCCGCCUCUCUCCACCCACCCUGCCUCCUCCCCUCCCCCUCCCCCAACUCCACCACCACCGCCGCCAACUCCAUCGCCUCCCUCGCCGUGUGGGACGGCGUCCACUUCCUCCGCGCCGCCGAGUGCGGCUACGAGUACGAGCAGUCCUUCGCCUUCCUCCCGCUCCUCCCGGCCUCGCUCAACCUCCUCGCCCGAUCCGUGCUCGCGCCGCUGGUGCCCGUGCUGGGGUACAGGGCCGUGCUCGUGGUCUCCGGCUACGUUCUCAACAACGUCGCGUUCGUCGCCGCCGCGGCCUACUUCUACAGAUUGUCCGUGCUGAUCUUGAAGAGCCCGAGUGCUGCUUACCGAGCAUCUGUUCUCUUUUGCUUCAACCCUGCUUCUGUGUUCUACUCAUCACUGUACUCAGAGAGUCUAUAUGCUCUGUUUUCACUUGGGGGAGUAUUCUACGUGUUUACCGGUGCUAAUACCAUUGCAAUGAUAAUGCUCGCUCUCUCCGGUUCAGCUAGAUCAAAUGGAGCACUUAAUGCUGGUUAUUUCUGUUUUCAGGCUUUGCUACAUGCAUAUGAUGCUGCUUUCCAGAAGAAACAGCCCAUGCUGGCAGUACAGGUUCUUGUCACUGGAUUUUUGCGGUCUGUUUUUGUAUUUAUUCCGUUCUUUGCUUUCCAAGCAUACGGAUAUCUGAACAUAUGCCUACACGGGAAUAUGGAGGAACUGAGACCAUGGUGCAAAUCUAAAGUGCCUCUUUUGUAUGGUUUCAUUCAAAGUCACUACUGGGGGGUUGGUUUCUUGAGGUACUUUCAAGUGAAGCAGCUUCCAAACUUUCUUUUGGCUUCACCAGUUUUGAGUCUUGCAGUUUAUUCUAUUGUUCAUUACACAAAAAUGCUUCGCCAACUCUUUGAAUCAAAUAGCAUACAUGAACUGAUUGUUGCUACGGUCGAGGGGAGAUCAAUUGAAGCAUACAAAAGCUCAGAUGUUGACACAGUAUUAAAGAGUAAAGUUUCUACUAAUGUAACUAACAAAGCACAAGGAAAUGCAGUUGCUAAGAGGAGAAAAUCAGUUGCUACCGAAACCGACUCAAAUGACCAAAUUAUUGAAGUUAAUAAGGAUGUGUGCCCCAUAGUAGUUCUUCCUUUCAUUUUACAUCUGGCAUUCAUGACAUUCACUGCAUUCUUUGUGAUGCACGUCCAGGUCUCGACACGAUUUUUAUCUGCUAGUCCUCCAAUUUACUGGGCAGCAUCGCACAUUUUGGUUUCUCCAAGCAGUUCUAAGAGAUGGGGCAACAUAAUAUGUGCUUAUUUCAUAGCUUAUAUUCUCCUUGGUAGCUUGCUUUUCUCCAAUUUCUACCCGUUCACAUGAAAAUAGUUAUGUCAAUUAUAUGAUCCGACGAUCCACGCUGUAAUGGAUUGGUUUGCGCAAUUUUUAUUUAUCAUUGCGUGGAUGAUGGUAACUAGUUUUUGAAGAUUCUCCUAGGUAAAGCUGUAAAAUCAAAGAUGUUUUGAUUAUUAUUCUGUGAUGAACAAUUGGCAUUGGAGAUUAUUGGUUUUGUUAUUUGGAAUUUAUUCA